GGCUUCAACUCUGGUGGUGGGCGGAUGAGUAAUGCAUCCAGGAAGCCUGGAGGCUGUGAUUUCCGCGCCAACCCCGCCCCUCUCAUGGACAUUUAUUCUCCACCUCUCAGGCCCUGCCGCCAUCGCCGCAGAUCCGGUGCCUACAGAGACACCAGAGACAACACCAUGGCCCCAUUUGCACCCCUGUCCUCUGGCCUCUUCCUGUUGCUGUCACUGAUAGCCUCCAGUAGGGCCUGCACUUGUGCCCCACACCACCCACAGACUGCCUUCUGCAACUCAGACGUCGUCAUAAGGGCUAAGUUCGUGGGGCCCGCAGAAGUCAACCAGACCACCUUAUUAAACCAGCGUUACGAGAUCAAGAUGACUAAGAUGUUCAAAGGGUUCGACGCCUUGGGGCAUGCCGCGGACAUCCGGUUCGUCUACACCCCUGCCAUGGAGAGCCUCUGUGGAUACUUCCACCAGUCCCAGAACCGCAGUGAGGAGUUUCUCAUCGCUGGACGCCUGAGGAAUGGGCGUUUGCACAUCAGUACCUGCAGCUUCCUGGUUCCCUGGCUUACUCUGAGCCCUUCUCAGCAAAAGGGCUUCACCAAGACCUAUAGUGCUGGCUGUGGGACAUGCACAGUAUUUCCUUGUUCAACCAUCCCCUGCAAACUGGAAAAUAACACUCAUUGCUUGUGGACAGACCAGCUCCUCCAGGGCUCUGAGAAGGGCUACCAGAGCCGCAACUUUGCCUGCUUGCCACAGAAUCCAGGCUUGUGCACCUGGCAAUCCCUGCGGGCCUAGAUGGCCUGAAGCCUAUGUCCAGUGGAAGCUGAAGCCUGCAUACUGUUCACCUUCCCACUUCCAUCUUUCUUUCUCUCAGAUGGUGAAAUAAAGAACUACUACCCAGCA